UGGCGCCCGGAUGAUUCCAGUACUCGCGGAGGUGGCCUAACUCUUAAAAGUUCCUUACAGGCUCGCGGCACGAUCAUGCUCCUCGCGCUCCCGGCACCAGCAGUCGGAAGCGUGUGACCCGCGUGCGCCCCGCGUGCCAGCCGCAACCCGCAGGAGGAGGCGGCUAGAGGACACGGUCAAGAUGGCGGCGGUAUCUGGGCUGAUGCGGAGACCCCUUCAGCAGGUUUCCGGGCUGCUGAAGAGGCGCUUCCACAGAACCGCGCCGGCGGCGCUGCAGCUGACAGUUCGUGAAGCUAUUAAUCAAGGUAUGGAUGAGGAGCUGGAAAGAGACGAGAAGGUAUUUCUGCUUGGAGAAGAAGUUGCUCAGUAUGAUGGGGCAUACAAGGUUAGCCGAGGCCUGUGGAAAAAAUAUGGAGAUAAGAGGAUCAUAGACACUCCCAUAUCUGAGAUGGGCUUUGCUGGAAUUGCAGUCGGUGCAGCUAUGGCUGGGUUGCGGCCCAUUUGUGAAUUUAUGACCUUCAAUUUCUCUAUGCAAGCCAUUGACCAAGUUAUAAACUCAGCUGCCAAGACCUACUACAUGUCUGCGGGCCUCCAGCCUGUGCCUAUAGUAUUCAGGGGGCCUAAUGGUGCCUCAGCAGGUGUAGCUGCCCAACACUCACAGUGCUUUGCUGCAUGGUAUGGGCACUGCCCAGGCUUAAAGGUGGUCAGCCCCUGGAAUUCAGAGGAUGCAAAAGGACUUAUUAAAUCAGCCAUUCGGGAUAACAAUCCAGUGGUGAUGCUAGAGAAUGAACUGAUGUAUGGAGUUUCCUUUGAACUAUCUGCAGAAGCUCAGUCAAAAGAUUUUCUGAUUCCCAUUGGAAAAGCCAAAAUAGAAAGGCAAGGGACACACAUAACUGUAGUCGCCCAUUCCAGACCUGUGGGCCACUGCUUAGAAGCUGCAACUGUACUAUCUAAAGAGGGAAUUGAAUGUGAGGUGAUUAAUUUGCGCACCAUCAGACCAAUGGACAUUGAUACCAUAGAAGCCAGUGUCAUGAAGACAAACCAUCUUGUAACUGUGGAAGGAGGCUGGCCACAGUUUGGAGUAGGAGCUGAAAUUUGUGCCAGGAUCAUGGAAGGACCUGCAUUCAAUUUCCUGGAUGCUCCUGCUGUUCGUGUUACUGGUGCUGAUGUCCCAAUGCCUUAUGCAAAGAUUCUAGAAGACCACUCUGUACCUCAAGUCAAAGACAUCAUAUUUGCGAUAAAGAAAACACUGAAUAUCUAGCUUGGACUUGAAUAUCAAGUCAUAUCAAAUCAUUGGAGUUUAUUUAAAACGCUUGGCUGGAACUUCAUCUGGAUUGUACUGUAAGACCUUACUAUUCAGAAAGUAAAGUUAUCUCUGAAGCAACAAA